ACGUUGUGAGUGAAAUCCGCCAUUUUGUGCAGGCAGCUCCGCGGACACCUCUGUUUACAAUAAUUUCCCGUCGGUCCUUCGUCACUUCCUUUUCCUCCAUCUUCCUGUUCACAGAGACGGUGGACCCACCUGGAGAAGACUGACGAUGCCUGGAAGACUGUGGAGUAAGGCCAUCUUCACUGGCUACAAGCGCGGUCUGAGGAACCAGCGCGAACACACGGCUCUCCUGAAGCUGGAGGGAUGUUACUCCAGAGACGAGGUCGACUUCUACCUCGGCAAACGCUGCGCCUACGUCUACAAGGCCAAGAAGAACACGGUGACGCCUGGCGGUAAACCCAACAAGACACGUGUGAUCUGGGGGAAGGUCACGCGGGCGCACGGCAACAGCGGGAUGGUGCGAGCCAAGUUCAGCAGCAACCUGCCGGCCAAAGCUAUCGGACACAGAGUCAGAGUGAUGCUGUAUCCUUCCCGAGUGUGAAGACGAGUGGACGUCUGCAGCCGUCAAUGUUCUUGUUUGUACAGAAACAAUAAAACUGAUCAGGUCCAACACA